UCUCCAAUUAAUGCUAUGUUAAGUCCUUUAGCAAAUUUGGCAUUUUGCAGAUAUCUUUAUCAUUUUCAGCAAACCCCUUCAGCGAUUACAGUAAAUUUCUUCAGCAUGUUCAGCAAAAAGUAUUGACAUUAUCGCAGGUAAUCCUACUUAUCUAGUUCAUAAACCUAAUUUUUUUCAUUUGUUAGGUUUCUACAUGACUGUUUUCAGCUCAAACUCCAGACAGCCUGAAGUGGCAGACCUUCUUUCUCCAGCCUUCUCCUCUUCCUCAGAGAUGUGUGUUCGGUUCUGGUACUGGUUACCUGCAGACUCCUCUAACAGCCUUUCAGUUCACGUGCAGCGAGACAUUGAGCCGGGCGACGCCCUUUGGCGGCGGCCGGGGUCGCCCUCUACAGGCUGGGAGGUGGCAGAGGUCACGGUGUCUUCUCCUGCAAGAUUUUAUGUGGUGUUCAGAGCCGUCCACGUACCCGGCACCAGCGACUCGGUGAAAAUAGACGACGUCUCCUUUAAGAGUGGAGCCUGUAGUCCUGCAGGCAGCUGCGACUUUGAGUCCGGACAGUGUACCUGGGUCAACAUCCACAAAGACGGCGGACAUCAGUGGGUUGUGGCAAACGGAGGAUCACAUGGUCCACCAACGGAUCAUACCACGGAUACCCCAGAGGGUACGGAGGUUCUGCGAGUCUCUCAGAUCUUUAGACUGAUUAAUGGCGUCCUUCAAAACAAGCUGCCCUCAGACAGGUCAGGCAAGCUACUAUUAAAGUUUAAUGUUUAA